AUGGCGGGUUCUCCCGACACGCAUUACCCACUGCACAAGAGCGUCGCCAAUUUCGUCCUCGCACUAGCUGUCGUUCUUCCGUCGCUCCUCAUAUCGCACAGAUUCAUCGCCGAUUCAAAAUACCUCCCACCCGCCACAUUCUCCCACUCCACCUCGCCUCCCAACAUCGACUUCACCGCCGUCGCCGCCGCCGCCGCUGAUGCGACCGGCGGGAGGAGCCCGGAGUGGUGGUGGCGCGUGGUGGCGUGGGGAGUUCGACGGCCAAUCGGGUGCGUGUGCGCGCUGUUUGCGGCGAAUGUGGACCUUCUGUUCUGGAUCAUCAGCCUGUUGCAAGGCUCCACGUGGGUGCGUGCUCGCCGCGUGUCACCCCCAUACAUUCCUCACUUCCCGUCUUCCGUCCAACUCCAUCCCAUCCUUCCUACCCCACUCCUCCCCUUCCCUCCUCCCUUCCUCCCUCCGCCCUUCUUCCCUCUCUGCCAGUUGAUCGACCCGUACUGGACCUUCAUCCCGCCGCUCAUCCUCGAGUUCUACGCCGCGCAUCCCGCCGCCUCCGCCUGCCUGCACGCCUCCUCCACUCCCUUCUCCCCUCUCGACCUCCUCGCAGCCGCUCUCGCCCUCACAGGCAUCCUCACUGCAACAGUAGCCGACACUCAACUACAUGCUUUCAUGACUAACAACGAACGCCUGAGAGCCGCAGGCAAGCCCCCGGUUCUGCUGCUUGACUCGGGCAUCUGGCGCUACUCCCGCCACCCGAAUUAUUUCGGAGAGCAGCUUUUCUGGUGGGCGCUGGCGCUGUUUGGGUGGAAUGCGGGGAAGGGUUGGACGGUCGUGGGCACGGUGGUGAAUUCGCUCUGCAUGGUUGCGGUGACGGUGCUGGUGGAGAAGAGGAUGAGGGGUAAGAGUCCAUACGCGGCAUUCGUCGGCGUCAUGGGCGGUCCCAGCCAGCCGGCCUCUAUCGCACGCGUUCUGCUGGUCAUCACCAGACGCGCCGCCGCGUCUCGCGCCUCGUCGCUCACAUGGGGUGCUGACGUGUCGCUGGCCCUCAAAUCACGGGGCCACCCGCUGCCGUCACUCGACCUAGCGGAAGCACUGGCGGAAGCGCUGAGCCUCUGCGCAGACAGCGCUGCGCGCAACGCUGCCCCGCGAGCUUCCGCGGGCCCGGCGGGGGGAACGAGGGGAGCGGACGGCGGCGGAACGGGCGGAGUCGGCGGAAGUGGUACGGAAAGAGAGCGGAUAAGCGCAAAUGGCGGGGAGGAAGGGCGAGCCGUGCAGCGGAGGAGUUGGGGAGCGGAGGAGAGGUGGAGAGAUGGGAAACGGGGAGAAAAGCGGAACGACGAGGGAGAAGAGGAGGAAGAGGAGGAGGAGAGGGAGAGAGAGAGGUCGCGAGCGGAGGAGGAGGAGGCGCGGGUAUGGCAGUACGUGGAGCAUGGCAUGGCGUGCCAUCUGGUGGUGCCGCUGCACAUCGUCGCACUCCUCGCUCGCAGCACCAUUCAGCAUCGCUGGCGGCGCCCAUCAUCCUUCCAUCGCUUCCUCUCGCUCCUCUCCGACUCCCCUCCUCUCCUCUGGGCCCCCUCUCAAUGGCCGCCCUUGCCCCUCUCGCUGCUACGGGCUGUGCUAGACGACCUGUCUGGCCGCAAGCUGCGCAGCAUAGCUGGUGGGGAGCAGCAGGGAGGGAAGGCGGCAGCAGGAGAGGGUGAUGGUGGUGGCGGUGAGAGGGUGGACGGAUUGGAAGGGUUGCGGAGUGAGGGAGCAGGUGGGGCUGGUCAGGGAUUGGCACUACAUGGGACUGGUGCGGGUGGUGGUGGUGGCAUUGGUGAUGGUGGUGGCAUUGGUGAUGGUGGAGGGGAUGGUGUGACAGCUAUGGCGGUUGAUGGUGUUCAAACGCUGGUGCGGCGGGGAAGAGCACUGGGAAAGGAAGCGCGGGAAGGGAGAGGUGGUGGAAUGGAGGGCAGCAAGGCGGCAGGGAGUGGCACUGCUGCUGGUGUGGGGCAGGGCCUCCUUGGAGGGGGGUUAAGGGAGGGCGCUUCUGGUGCAGGCUCAGCUGUUGUCAGCGCAGCAGCAGCAUCACCCGCAGCAACAAGAGCAGCAGCAGCAGCAGCAGCUGCAGCAGCGGCGGCUGUGGCGGCAGUGUCUGCAAGGGGCGGAGCAAGAAGCUCUUUAAGUGCCCGUCCCAGCUCCACUCUCCUCCAGUCCUCCUCUACUUCCCUCCUGCCGCUCCUCUUGCAAUCCAUGAGCGCAGCAACAGCACCACGAAAACGACUACCAUCAGCACCACCAGCAGCAGCAGCAUCCUCCCAAUCACCAGCAGCAGCUACUGCAUCAGCAGCAGCAGCAGCAGCAGCAGCAGCACGUGCACAGCAGCAGCAGCAGCCAUCACGGGCAUUACCAGCGUCGCCCUGUGCAGCACUGCCAUCCCCAUCGCCCUGGCAGGCCCUGGAUCUGCUUCUAGAGGCCUUCGUCACCAGCAAGAGAGUCCCUGCCGCGCCCACCACCAUAGCCGCCCGCAGCCCUGCAAGCAGCAGCGGUGGUGAGGCCAGUGGUGCGGGUGUGCUGGCGCCUCCUCUGCUGGUGGGGUGCUGCUGGAGUGAUGACGGCUCUAGGGCUCUGCCCGAGAGUAUUGCUGAGGUGCUGCUGACAGUGAAGCAGGCAAGCUCCAUCCCUGCCGGCCCUUCAUCCUCCUCCUCCUCUCCAUCUGCUCCCUCCCUCACAUCCCAAGACCCUUGUUCUGCUGCUGCUGCUGCGACGACCUCUCCCCUUUCUCCUGCUUCGCCCUCCCCGCCCACCCCCUACGACUUAUCAGACGAGGAUGGGCGCUUGUCCCUCUGCCUGUGCCUGGGCCCUAUGGCCGUUGCCAGCUUGCUGCAGCUGUGUGAGAAGAAGGGGAGGGAGGAGGCAGGGGAUGAAGGGGAAGAGGAUGAGGACCAGGAGGAGGGAUUGCCUUUUGCAACCGCGGCUGCAAGCAGCGAUCCCCAUGCCAUCAGCACCGCCGCCACCCUUGCAUCAUCAUCAUCAUCAGCAGCAGCGGCAGCAGCGGCGGCAGCAGCGGCGGCAGCGGCAGCGGUGGAUAAGGCACAGGCAGCGGUGCAGGAGGGGCUGGUGGGGGCGCUGGGGUCAGUGCGUGUGUUCCGGCACCUGCACCUGCCAGUCUUCCUUGCUGGCUCGCCCCUUGCUGUCCCCCAUGCCACUGCCUCUGCUCUCGGCGCCUCAGCUGAAGCCACUAGCACUCUCCUCUCGUCUCCUAACCAUUCCUGUCCUCUCCCCUCCUCUCCCUUCCUCUCCCCUCCUCUACCCUCCUCUCCCCACCUCUCCCUUCCUCUCCCCUCCUCUCCCCUCCUCUCUCCCCCUCUCCCAUUCUCUCCCCUAAUACCCCCGGCGGUCAGGAGGAGCUGCUGCUGGCGUUUCACCUGGCAGCAUCGGAGUCCCUGUGGGCGCUUUUUGAGGCACCUCAAUAUUCUUCCGUCUCCCCUCCUCUCCCCCCUCACGACCCCCGGCAGUCAGGAGGAGCUGCUGCUGGCGUUCCACCUGGCAGCGUCGGAGUCCUCGUGGGCGCCCGCUGCAGCGUCUGUGCUCUGCGGCGCCACUCUGCGCCUCAGCUGGCACCUGCAGGAGCUAGCAGCAUCCCUAGUGACGCACCUCCUCUCCUCUCUCUCCCGCUCAGCCAUGGUAGCUGCGUCGCAGCAAACACAUGACAUUAUAAAUGCCAGUUCCCCUUCCCUUCACCCUUACACCCCCGCAACUCCCUCGCUUCCCUCCCCUCCCAUCCCGUCACCCGCCUUCCAUUUCCAAAUCGCCCGCUCACCCCGUCUCCCCUCCCCCACCACGCCACCAGCUCCCCCGAGUAGCAGCGGCGCUACUGCCUCUCACAGAGGCCUUUGGCUGCCUGCCCAUCCAAUCUGCGGACCAGCGUAUGGGGGGGGUGCUUUGAGUCAACCGUUCUUGGGAGCAUGCCACGUGUCGCUGGAGUUGUUGCUGUGUAUGGCUAACAGAGAGGCAGCAUCCGUGCUGCGACGGGUGGUGCCGGGGGCCAUGGGCAUAGCACACACCACCCAGGGCGGUGCCGCAGGAGAGGGAGCAGCAGCAACAGCAGCAGCAGCAGCAGCAGCAGCAGCAGGAGCAGCAGCAGGAGGAGGAGGAGGAGGAGGCGGUGGUGGUGGCGAAGCUGGUGGGGCUGCUGGUGGUGGUGGUGGUGGUGGUGGGGCCAGGGAGGGGGGUGCGAUGGGAGGGCUGACAGGGUGGGUGGUGGUGCGGGCUGCACCGGCUGCAGUGGAGGCCAUUCUGCAGGCUGUGGUUGCGGGGAAGCUUGCCCCCAAAAUCGCCACCAGUGCUCUAUCCAACCUAGUGGCUCUGGCACCCCCAGCAGCAGCAGCCGUGGCGACCUGCCUCUCCUCCUCCCUCGCCUCGGCGCACAUCACCAUUCCCCUCUCCGCCCACCCGGACUGGCCCCAAGCCGCCAUCCCCGCCUCUUCCCUCCGCACCGCUCUCAACCACUUGAGGAUCGGGCUGCUUGAUAUGGGUCUCUACACGCCUCCCGUCACAGGUGAGUCUGGCAGCAGCGGCGGCGGAGGCAGUGCAGCAGCGGUGCAUUCACUCCCAGCACAUCGCAACGGCAGUGUGGGUGAUCUGGACGGGUCCUGCUCGCUCCUCGGCCUGCCUCCCAUCCCUCAAGUCCGCGACACAGCCCUGACAGGAGCCGCAGGUGGAAAGGCCGAGCACGGACUAGACCCCACAGAUCCCUCCGCAGCAGCUGCAGGAGCAGCAGCAGCAGGAGGCGCAGGAGGAGGAGGAGGGGUAGCAGGUGGUGGUGCGUCUGGUAACCCCUCUGGUGCAGACGCGGGUGGUUUGGCAGCAGGCGGGGGGUUGGCUGCAGCAGGCGUGUGGCUGAGCCUCCCUGCUGUGCUGGCAGGGCGGGAGGGGCUGCUUUGUGAUGCUGUGCUUGCUGCUGUGGCCACUCAAGCUCCUGCCAUGGUGGUGGGGCGGGGGGAGGGAGGGUCUACUGCCUGGAUUGCUGGCGGGCUGAUGAGGGGGCAAGGGGACGGAGGGGUGGACGGGGGAGGAGGAGGGGGAGCAGCUGCAGGAGGGGGUGCAUCUGCCGCUGCUGCUGCUGCUGCAGCGGCGGCGGCGGCAAUGGCGAUGGGAGUGGGUGGCGGUGUGCUGGCAGGAGUAGCAUCUACCCCAGUGCCAUCCUCCCUGCCUCCUCUCCUUUCCUCCUCACCUCUCUGGUUCACACCUUCCGCUGCUGCCGCUCUCUCCUCCUCGACCACUGUAGCAGCCAUGCUGCUGCACCUGACAGGCCCCGGUUCUGCUGCUGCCGCCGCCGCUGCCGCCGCCGCUGCGUCUGCUUCUGGUGGUGCUGCUGAUGGCAGUGCCGCUGCUACGGCACCACCCAGCAGCCCUUUUCCUCCUUCCUUUCUAGAGGGCAUAGUGUCUGAAGUACAGUGCUUUGCCCUCGCGUCUCUCGCUUUCAAAUGCCUGCUCCUCGCCUCAGGCAACCCCUCUGCUGCCACUGCCACUGCAAGCCGCUGCACCACACUCCCUUCCACCGCUGCCAACUCCCCUUCUUUGCACCCACAAACCAGAUAUCCCGGAAAGCUACCAGUGCUGGGCUGCAUGCAACACACACACUGGCAGCAGCAGUGGCAUCUGUAUACAGUCUCGUUUGUCACGCUCGCGCUGCGCUGGGUUCCGGCGUGGGUGCAGCAGCUAGGGGAGGAGGCGUUGGGCAGCAUGGCAGCAUGCUUGGCGGCGGGUGGAGAGGUGGAGUUGGCUGGUCGGGUGACCAGAGUGGGGCGCAGGGCACGACCAGGACUGGCCUUAGAGGUGGCGCUCUGUGGGUAG